AUGGAAACAAAUUCUGCAAGUAGAAGAUAUGAAACGAGAAGCACAAGAGCGAAAGAACUCGUAACCAAAUCUCGGGUUGAUUGGAGUCGGACUAAGAAAACCCGAGUGUUUGACAGCGAGGAAGAGGGUGAUGAAAUCACAUCAGCGUCAGAAAAGGAAAUUCAAACCAGUUCAGAAGAUGAAGCGGAGGAAAAAGACGAAUCCGUGGUUAAAGAAAGCAAAGAAGAAACCCCAGUGAACGGGGGAAGCCUUCCAAUCGUUGAGGCAGGCUGUGAAGGCACUGCAGAAGAGGCUGCGGAAGAAGAAAGCGUGGUCCCGGGGAGGUGCAAGAGGUCCCGAUCCUCUGUGGUGUACGAUAGCGAUGAAAGUGACGACAGUUGCAUUGUUAGAAAAGUGUUCGCGAAACGCCAUUGUGUAAUAGACGAGGAAGAUUCACCUAGCGAACAGGAGCAGCACACGUCACCUGCAGAAGAAGAGACAAAAAGAAAACGGAAAAGGUUGAUGAAGCUGCAAGAACUUUCCCAACGGCGAUCGACUCGGGCGCAGAGUGACAGAAAUCAUCAUGAGGAUGCUGAAGAUGAUGCCUUAAUAUUAGAAGAUUCCUGUCCGUCAUCCUUAAGCCCCACUGAAAUCCGUGACUCGGCUGACGAUGAUAGCAUGAAAGAUUUCAUUGUGGAGGAGGAAGAAGGCAAAGAGUGGAAACGAGAGGAAUCUGAGGACGAUGAAAGCCAGCCGCAAGAGAAGAAACAUGCCAUGUCGAGCCAAACACUCUUGGAGCGUUAUGUUCCAGGCUUGGCUCGUGUUGAUCCUUCUGUCCACUUGAAAAGAAUUGUAAAGGCCUUUCUCAUCAGUGCUGUUGAUGACACCUUUUUGAUAUCGCUAUACGAAGGAGAAAGGCAAAAGAGGUAUGCGCGAGAGAUGCUGGCUUCACUUCGUUACUUGGACGAACGCUUUAUUCAGCCUCGUCUUGGCAAUUUGCUCUCCAGAAGUCGUUGGAAAGAACGAUAUAAGGAACGUGUGGAUACUUACCCUGAUAUCCGUGUAAUUUUUGGAAAGCCGGAACAACGUGCCUGUCAGGCCUGUGAACUGCAGAGGUACUGUAAACUUACAGUGGUUCUGUCAGGAAAAUCAUACAACAGCGAUACGAUGGAAAUAGAUGACUUCAUGUCGCAAGACAAACAGAGAUUAAAGGUCGGGAUUGUGUGUGGAAAUCGUACCCAAGUUUAUCACAAACUGAAGCAUUUUAAAUACGAGUUGUAUCAGGAUUGCUGCUGUGUUAUGAAGGACGAUGGAAUUCAGGGUGAGCCGCUUAAAGAUACAGUGGACAGAGUCUUCAGUCAGCUGGAAGAAGAUGGCUGGAUCCAGAAGCAAUAUACAGAUCUCGAAGGCUACAUGAAUGAUGCAGACUGCUUCCAAGAGGAAAAAAUGGACUGAGUGUAUAUAUUGCAUCUUCUGAAG